CUCUGCUGUCUCUUUCUGUGACUGACGACUACCCACUCAGGAAACAUCUCUUGUUGUGGGAGCAGCAGAUACCUAGUGGAUAUUACCUGCUUUCUCUAGGCUGAAACCUGAUGAGCAGCAUAUACCUAGUGGAAAUUAUCUGCUUUCUCUAGGCUGAAACCUGAUGAGCAGCAUAUACCUAGUGGAAAUUAUCUGCUUUCUCUAGGCUGAAACCUGAUGAGCAGCAGAUACCUAGUGGAUAUUACCUGCUUUCUCUAGGCUGAUACCUGAUCUCCACCUGAUCCCCACAGCCUGCCAGCCGGCGACCAUGAGGUUCCCCAAGCUGCCCAACCCAGGUCUGGAGGACCGGAUCCCGUCCCACCAGGAACUGGAAAGGAUGGAGAAAGAGGAGGCUGGGGACAGGCCCAAAUGGGACAACAAGACCCAGUACAUGCUGACCUGUGUGGGCUUCUGUGUGGGGCUGGGGAACGUGUGGAGGUUCCCUUACCUGUGUCAGAGCCAUGGAGGAGGAGCGUUUAUGAUCCCGUUCCUGAUCCUGCUGGUUCUGGAGGGGAUUCCACUGCUGCACCUGGAGUUUGCUAUCGGACAGCGCCUCAGGAGUGGCAGUGUGGGAGUGUGGACGGCCAUUAACCCACAUCUGACUGGUGUUGGCAUCGCUUCCUUGUUAGUCUCCUUUCUGGUGGGUAUGUACUACAACACUAUAAUCGCCUGGGUGAUGUGGUACUUCUUCAACUCCUUCCAGAACCCUCUGCCAUGGAGUCAGUGUCCUGUCAAUGCCAACCUGACAGGUUUGGUCUCAGAAUGCGCCCGGAGUUCCCCAGUGGAUUAUUUCUGGUACAGAGACACACUCAACACGUCCACAUCCAUUGGGGACUCUGGAGGACUGCAGUGGUGGAUGGUGUUGUGUCUACUGUGUGCCUGGCUGCUGUUGUACGUCUGCUGCCUUCGUGGCAUUGAGACCACUGGCAAGGCAGUGUACGUAACAUCCACUCUGCCAUACGUGGUCCUCACCAUCUUCCUGAUCAGAGGACUGACUCUCAAAGGUUCUCUGGAUGGAAUCAAGUUCCUCUUCACACCUGAUCUAAAUGAGUUGAUGAACCCGUCUACCUGGCUGGAUGCAGGCGCCCAGGUGUUCUACUCUUUCUCCUUGGCCUUUGGAGGUCUCAUCUCCUUCUCCAGCUACAACUCUGUACACAACAACUGUGAGCAGGAUGCCGUGAUCAUCUCCUUCAUCAACGGCUUCACAUCAGUCUACGCUGCUACUGUCAUCUACUCUAUCAUAGGCUUCAGGGCCACAGAGAGGUUCGACGACUGUCUCGAAGGAAACAUCUUGGCCCUGUUGAAUACUUUCAACCUUCCUGAGGGCAACAUCACAGAAGGCAACUAUGCAGAAUCCCUGCAGAAUCUAAACGGCACCUUCCCAGAGAUCAUCCGGAGUCUGGACCUCAAAACCUGCGACUUGCAAACUUUCCUCAGUCAGGGUGUGGAGGGAACUGGUCUGGCCUUUAUCGUGUUCACAGAGGCCAUCACCAAGAUGCCUGUCUCUCCUCUCUGGUCCAUCCUGUUCUUCAUCAUGCUCUUCUGUCUGGGACUGUCCACCAUGUUUGGCAGCAUAGAAGGAACGGUGGUGCCUCUUCAGGAUCUCAACAUCUUCCCUAAACGGUGGCCUAAGGAGGCGAUCACUGGUAUUGUCUGUCUGGUGUCAUUCAUCAUUGCCCUGAUAUUUGCUCAGAGUUCUGGUAACUACUGGCUGGCUCUGUUCGACAGCUUUGCCGGCUCCAUCCCUCUCCUAGUCAUCGCCUUCUGUGAGAUGAUAGCUGUGGUCUACAUCUAUGGCAUAGACAGGUUUAACGCAGACAUAGAGUUCAUGAUUGGUCACAAGCCCAACCUGUUCUGGCAGGUGACCUGGAGGUUCGUCAGCCCUUUAAUCGUCUUAGUAAUCUUCGUCUUCUACUUCGUCACCAAAGUCAGCUCCAACGUCACCUACAUCGCCUGGAAUCCAAGCUCGGAGGACUUCCCCACUCUGGAGGUGCUGGAGUAUCCUGCUUGGAUUUACGUCAUCAUCUUUAUCCUGGCAGGAAUCCCCAGUCUGGUGGUGCCAGGCACGGCCCUAUUCAAACUCAUACAGAGACGUUGCUCCGACAAAAAUGUCUACGGGGCAGAAGUCGACACGGUCUCUGCCAAAGUUCAGAUGUAUACUACGGAAAUGUCGUAGAAUUACCACACAGCCAACAUCAUAUGGGACAACACUAUGACACAACACUGGAGUUUAAAAAAGUAGAGUAAACAUCCAAAAUGAUUGGUCCCCCCCCAAAAAAGGUUUGAGGUCAAUUCCAUUUUAAUUAAGUCAUUCCAGUAAAUUUAACAAUUGAAAAAAAAAACUGUUUAUAAAUGGGCACCUGAAUUUACCGAAUUG